UACACUACACCAAAGAAACUCUAGUCAGUAGUUUAUUAAGAAAUAGAAAUGUCGUUCAAGUGCUUAGUGGUUUUGUGUUUAGCCGGUUUAGUCCAUGGAGCCCCACAGGAAUUCUGGAAAGGAACCGCUUUGGAUUCAACGGUAGAGAAAUUGAGAGAUAGUUGUGCCGAAAAUAAUAGCUUUGCAUGCAUUCAGUUUAAAGCAUUCGCGUUUUUGGAUAAUGUGCUUCAUGGAAGUUAUUUCGAACACUUAUCGGAAAACGUGGCGAUCAGUCGCAACGGUUACGACAAUGAAGUUGGCACCAAAAGAUCAGAAGACUCCCUGGAAGAGGCUGUUGCAACUUUCAUCAAAUCAAACGACGUUACUUUCAAAGUUCCAGUUAUUGGAGACGUGACUGUAGAUUCCCGAAAGCUUGAUGAUGAUGAAAUCAAUUUCAAACUGAACUUCGGCUCUGAGGUGGAAGAACGCGGCAAGAAACACAAGCUAAAGAAAGUCUUCAUUCCCAUUUUAACUUUCAUCUUGCUGAAAGCCAUCACAGUGGUUCCCUUCAUCAUCGGAGUUCUGGCGUUCAAGGCAUGGAACGGUCUUCAGCUUUCGCUGAUGUCUUUCGUGAUUGCUUCCGGUUUGGCAAUUUUCCAAUUGUGCCAGAAACUGGCUUCAGAUUCGCACGCUCCUGUUAUUCUGGACCAUCCACCAGCACAGUACAAGAGAUCGCUAGAUGAUUCGCAACAACUGGCUUACUCAGCUUACGUGCAAUAGAUUUUAGUUUGUAAUUGAUGGUUAAUAUAUGUUUAUUUAUUGCUCAA